AGGUUGCUUACGCAGCUCACUUUUUUAUCAUUAUCAUGUCAUAAAUAUUAAAUAUCCAUUAUAUCAUUUACCUAUUGUGAUGUGUCGUUUUACACGAGCUAAUCAGCGCUCAUUUUUCCAUUCGUGACUUGGCAAGAUAAUUAUCGACCUGUGGCCCAAUAAAUUUGAUUAAAAAAAUCUUCAAAAAUUCAUUCAGAUCUAUAAACAACUAAUUUGAUUGCGUUUGAGUGGUUUGAAAUAAAAUUUUGAUCACAACCGGUCAAACCAUCAAGAGAUAGGUGCUUGUUAAAUUGAUAUCAAGAUGCAUUCAUGGUUGUUGUGUGUUGUGAUUAUUGGAUCUGUCAAUGCAGAAUGGAACACCAAAGAUUUUAUGAAAAGAGAACACUCUCUUGGCAAGCCAUAUCAAGGUAUGGGAAUGUCAGUACCAUACUGGGAUUUUAUGGGCACCACAGUGGUCACAAAUGACUACAUAAGGCUAACAAGCGAUAUUCAAAGUCAACAAGGAUCACUCUGGAACUCUGUGCCAUGUAACCUCAGAAAUUGGGAAGCCCAUAUACAUUUUAAAACUCACGGUAAAGGACGUGAUUUAUUUGGUGAUGGUUUUGCAAUAUGGUAUGCAUCGGAAAAAAUGAUGCCAGGUCCUGUUUUUGGUUAUAAAGAUUAUUUUAAAGGUCUUGCUAUUAUUCUUGAUACAUAUAGUAAUCACAAUGGCCCACACAAUCAUCAACAUCCAUACAUAUCGGCCAUGAUUAACAACGGCACAUUACAUUAUGAUCAUGACAGAGAUGGUACACAUACUCAGUUGGAUGGUUGUGAAGCCAAAUUCAGAAAUCUUGAUCAUGAUACGUAUCUGUCCAUCAGAUACGAGGGAGACACCUUGACCGUUUCAACUGAUAUUGAAAAUAAAAAGGCUUUCAAAGAAUGCUUUUCAGUAAAAGGAAUUCAACUACCAACACAUUACUACUUUGGUAUUACUGCCACAACUGGUGAUUUAUCGGAUAAUCAUGAUAUUUUGUCAUUUAGAUUAUAUGAACUGGACACACCAGUCGAUCCGAAUGAUAUCCAGGAUCGUUCCGCAAUCGUUCCAUCAGCAACAUACUUUGAUUCUCCACGAGAACACAUCGAUGAUCCAAAGCCAUCGUCUAUGAGUGGAUUUAAGAUAUUCUUCUUAAUGCUUGUUAGUGCAAUUGCACUCGUCGCCCUGGUCGUCGUAAGCAUUAUGGUUUAUCAAAAACACCAAGAAAACAGUCGGAAACGUUUCUACUAAUAGAAAAAAAAUAAUAAUAGAUAUUAAGAAUCUUCCAAGACGUUAUUAGAAUAAUUCAAGAAUCAAAACAUUGUACACAAUUACAUAUUUCAUAAUUUUUUU